GAAUGGAUGGAAAAAAUUUACGAAGAAAAAGAGGAUCAUAAGCUUGAAGAAUGUACUUCGAAAUGCAAGGAAGAUUGUGAGAAAUUUAAAUAUACUUAUCAUUUUCAAGAAAGAUACGAAAGAGAUAAGCCAAAUGAAACCAUGGAAGAGUCUGGCCUCAUCUCCGUACAAAUCUAUCUAGAUGUCUCGGAAGUCAUUCGCUAUCAGCACAGACCGCAAUACAGGUUAUCCAGAGGGCAUGAAGCUUCUGAGAAAACUUGCAGGGACUCGACUUCCUCUCCCUGAUGUACCAGAAUUCUGUGCAGCUGAUGUUGCCUUGAUUUUAUUGGCAGGCCCAGUUACAGAUUUAAACGGGCUUGGUCCAACAUCUGCAAGGGAACCACGUUCUGCUGAAUCCGAUGCGACUCUUUUGCCAUUCAAAUUGCCAGACGCUUGACCACUAUAUCCUCCAAUAUUUCCGGAUGCCUGGUGGCUCAUUCCUCCCUGAUUGUCAGAAGAGUCACUUCCAGAUGCAAUUGCAGUCAUUGCAAAAAUAACAAUUACUGCUACUUUCAUUUUUAGCAAACGUUGGAUUCCUAAAAAUAUGUUGUUGCUUUAUAAAAUUGUAAUAAUAAUAAGAAUUAAUAAACAUUUAUUACUAAAUCUUAGAAGUUUU